GGAGUCAAAAGCAAAUGUGGAAGCAGUAGAAAAAACUUGGAAGUGUUAAACUUGGUUGUAUAUAACGUAUAACCAACUCUGUUUCUGGAGUGUAGUUUCCAGUUCUUUUAACUCUCCAUCACUCUCUCUCUCUCUAUUUAGCAGGGAGCAUACUGCACAUAUUAUAUUUGUGUCAGUCGCAACAAAUUAAAAAGAAAAAAAAUACACAGAGCAAUUUUUCAUCAUAAUUAAUGCCUCUCCGAAGAAAAUCGUGAGCUUUUUCCUGUUUCACGUUUUUUCUAUCACUCUAUUAACUGUGAAGAAUUUCCAGCAUCGAUCUGAUUUAGAUCUUUUGCUGUUUGUUCAGUGAUGGACUUCAGUAAGAUAUCGCUGGAAAUCUUCUCAAAGCUGGAGCAGAAAUGGUUGUAUCACUACGAAGGGAAGAAAACUCGUAUUCUCAGUAUUGACGGUGGUGGAACUACCGGCAUUGUUGCCGGUUCUGCAUUAAUCCAUCUCGAAAACCAGAUCUGUGCUAAGACUGGUGAUCCUCACGUUAGAAUUUCUGAUUUCUUCGAUAUUAUCGUCGGUACUGGAAUAGGUGCUAUCUACGCUGCAAUGCUUGUUGUUGAUGGAGGAGAAGGCCGUCCAUUAUUCACGGCGAAGGAUGCCGUGAAAUUUGUGAAGGAAAAUCAGUCGCGUCUGUUUAAGGCUAAGAAAGUCGGCGUUCUCCGUCGGAAGAAGAGGUUUUCAGGGAAGAGUAUGGAGAAGGUGUUGAAGGAAGUGUUUAGAAGAGAAGACGGUAAAGCGUUAACAUUGAGGGACACGUGUAAGCCUCUACUUGUUCCGUGCUUUGACCUCAACAGUUCUGCGCCCUUCGUCUUCUCCAGAGCUGAUGCUAUUGAGUCCUUCAGUUACGAUUUUGAUCUCUGGAAAGUAUGCCGUGCCACGUCAGCAAAUCCAUCCAUGUUCAAGCCGUUUAAUCUUAAGUCUGUGGACGGUAAAACCUCGUGCCUCGCCGUUGACGGUGGUCUCGUCAUGAACAAUCCCGCCGCCGCUGCCGUUACUCACGUUUUGCACAACAAACGAGAUUUUCCUUCCGUCACCGGCGUCGAUGACCUAUUGGUUCUCUCUCUAGGUAACGGUCCGUUAAGCUCACCGACAAACUUGAAACUGCGAAAUGAUGGCUACUGCUCUCCAUCAUCCGUCACCGGGAUUGUUCUGGACGGCGUUUCGGAAACCGUUGACCAAAUGCUCGGCAACGCCUUCUGCUGGAACCCCAAUGAUUACGUUAGAGUUCAGGCGACCGGCUAUGCAAGUGGAGGAGUGGGACCGGGAGUUCAGGAAGCGUUGGAAGAAAGAGGAGUGGAGUCAUUGCCAUUUGGCGGUAAGCGGUUACUGACGGAGACUAACGGACAGAGAAUCGGCGGUCUGGUGCAACGCCUUGUUGCUACCGGAAGAAGUAGUGUGCCGCCAAGUCCAUGCAAGGAAGCUGCCGUUAGUCCUCUAAGAAACGGACGUUAAGUCAAUUUUCCUUCUUUUUUUAUUUUUAAUCUUUUACUUUCUGGCCAUUUUGUACUACUGAUACUUUUUUGUCAGUUUACGACUUUUAACUGUGUCAAUGGUGGAAUUAAAUACUAGGGUGUUUAAUAGUUGUACUAAUACUACUACUUGUAGUACCAAUUUAUCCAUAUAUGUUUAGAUCUUAAAAAUGUUUUGAAAUCAAAUGAGUUAGAUAUUAAAAUUU